UUUUCUUUCUCAUCAUCGACUUUCUUUUUGAAUACUGAUAAUUUUCCCAAGAAACAAAACAAGCAAUGGGGAGAGAAACUUGGUGGGUCCUUUUCCUUCUCUCAGCACUACUCUUUCCGGAUGAAACCCAUGGAAGCUGCAGAAGGCAAGAACAAGCCCUCAAGAAUCUGAAUAAGGCCAAAUUCUGGGGAGGAGGUUCCAUUGACAGAAGCAGUGAAACAUCCUUGGAGGUAGAUAAGGCUGUGUUUGGAGACUCCGAUGAUAAUUCUCGUUACUACUACCCUCAACAAGGACUGAAAGAGAAAGAUAGGAUAGAGAGACUUCCAGGACAGCCUGAAAAUGUCAACAUCUCUCAGUAUGGAGGGUAUGUGACUGUGGAUAAAGUUGCAGGAAGAGCUUUUUAUUAUUAUUUUGUUGAAGCCCAACAAUCUAAUAGACACAAAUUGCCUCUUCUUCUCUGGCUCAAUGGAGGUCCAGGAUGUUCAUCUCUAGCAUAUGGAGCAAUGCAAGAACUUGGACCUUUCCGAGUAAACAGUGACGGCAAAACACUUCAGACAAACAAAUACUCAUGGAACUACGCUGCAAAUGUAUUAUUCUUAGAAUCACCAGCAGGAGUGGGAUUUUCAUAUUCAAAUAAGACAUCGGAUUAUGACAUUAAUGGGGAUAGAAGAACUGCUGCAGACAACUACGUGUUCUUAAGGAAUUGGUUGGAAAGGUUUGCAGAGUAUAAGAAUUAUGAUUUCUACAUUGCUGGGGAGAGCUAUGCUGGGCAUUAUGUUCCUCAGCUUGCUCACAACAUUCUCUACCACAACAACCACCCCAACUCCUCUUUCUUCAUCAAUCUCAAAGGCAUCCUGAUAGGGAAUGCAGUGAUAAAUGAUGAGACAGACAACAAAGGAAUGUGGGAUUUCUUGGCGAGCCAUGCCAUAAUAUCAGACCAAGCUGCGCAUGAUGUUACCAAAUUCUGUGACUUCUCAGAGAUUACCACUACUCAUAGCGAUGAAUGCAAAGCAGCUUAUGAGGAAAUAGGCAAAGAUACUUCCUUUAUUGACAUAUACAAUAUCUAUGCUCCUCAGUGCCUUAAUUCCAACCUCACUUCCCACCCUAAGCCUCCCUCAGUAAUGAUAGAUCCAUGCAGUGAGUAUUAUGUGGAUGCAUACAUGAACAGGGGUGAGGUGCAAGAGGCAUUACAUGCCAAUGUCACAAAACUGACACAUGAGUGGUAUCCUUGUGUUGGUGUCCAUUGGAUUGAUAGCCCUUCCACCAUGCUUCCCCUCUUACAAGAAAUCCUCAAUCAUAGCCUUCGUGUUUGGAUUUACAGUGGCGACAUAGAUGGGAUGGUGCCAGUAACUUCAACCAAGUAUUCCAUUGAGAAGUUGAAUCUUCCUCUCAAGACUGUUUGGCAUCCUUGGUUCCUAAAUGGAGAGGUAGGAGGAUACACACAAGAGUACAAGGGAGGCUUGACAUUUGCAACAGUGAGAGGAGCAGGGCAUGAAGUGCCAAGCUACCAGCCAGGAAGAGCCCUUUCUUUGGUCAAUCACUUCUUAAAAGGCAUCCCUCUUCCUAAUUCCACUGCCUCAAUACUACAUUAUGCCUAAUUUCCAUGUUUAGUUUUCACCCAUUUUGAUUAAGUUCUUUUUUUUUGGGUGAUUUAUGUUACUUUCAAGCAAUGUAAUUUCAGUUAUCCAUCAUUAUAAUAAAGUUGUGGUUGGAACAA